AUUGUUUAAAGUGGUUUAUUAUAAAAGCUGCUCAUUAAGAGUAUAGAACAUAGUUUUUUCGACCUUCGAAUAAACAAUAUUAAACAUGUCUCCAUACACCGUGUUGGUCCUCUGCAUCCAGAUUUGCCUGAUCCAGUCAGUGAUGAGCCAGCGCUGCUGCGGCUCUGGAUCCAGCAGCUACGGUUCCAGCUCCGGCAGCAGCUGCGGCUCGUACGGCGGGCAGGGCUGCGGACAGGUGGGCGCGGCCGGCACCAUCGACGCGUGCGGCACCACCUGCGUCACCGGCGCCGUGCCCGUGCUCGGCUCCGUCUGCUUCGGCGGCUGCGCGCCCGCCUGCGGUUCCGUCUCUAUUUGUGGACAGUGCGGAUGCGGAUGCAACUAAAUAGUUGUACCACUUACACUUCAACAAAAAAAUAAACGCUUGGUGACUAA